UAUCCGUAAUAUCCCCAUUUGACCUCUUCCUCCAUCUCUAGUCUCUCCGCCAUUCCCUGUCCUAAUGUCCUUACAAUGACCUCUAUAUCCCAUUCUAAAGGAUCUAUGCAUCCAGACCUUCAAAGCCGCCAUCUCUUUAGCUAUAAUCCCACUCCUCCCCUCCUCCCCGACCCCUCUCCAAGCACCACACGCGACUCGCCGCUCCACACUUCGACAGCCGCCGCCGCCGCGCCGCUGCUUUUUAUCAUCCCUACCGCAUUUUCUUGGCUUCCCUUGGCGGCAUUUCGCUGGAGCCCUUAUUUCUUUGCCACUUGGCCGUCUUGAUCCUCCUAUCCCCUUAUGCCUGCUUCCAAGAAAACGAUCUAAACACGACUAAGAAGAGCCCACCCCACACUCUUUUUUUCCUGGAUCCGGAUCCGGACUCGGUUCCUGGAUAUAACCAACUGCCACUACGUGCGUACAACCACCACGACCGCGAACCCACGACGACACUUUCAGCCUCUCCUCCGCACUUUCACCCACAUCACAUACAUACCUCGAAACCUUGAGGAUUGCGAAACGACGUCGUCUCUUUCUGCUCUUUCUUUCCUCUCUUUUCGACCUUGCUUCAGCGUUCUGUCCGUUGUGUCUGUCUUUUACAUGUUGAGCUGGGGAUAAGGGAUAAUGGUUGUGAAGCACGAGAAUGUGAAAUGGGUUGAUGGCCUACGCGGUCUCGCCUCCGUCUCCGUGGUCGUCACCCAUCUCGCGCGCACCUUCGACCAGAUCCUCUUCUACCCCAACACAGGCGGCAGCCCCGAAAACCAGCCCUACUUCCUCCAAUGGCCCAUCAUCCGCGUCUUCGUGCAGGGCCGCAUCGGGAUCGCCAUCUUCGCCCUGGUGACCGGCUACGUGUGCGCGCUCAAGCCGAUCCGGCAAUCCAAGAGCGGCAACAUCGACGGCGCCCUCACGAGCGUCGCGAAAUCAGCAUUCCGCAGAAUCCCUCGCUUGUUCCUGCCGACGACAAUCGCGACGUGUAUUAUGUGGGUGCUGAGCCAGCUGGGGGCGUAUGAUGUCGCGGCGGCGACGGAUAGUUACUGGUUGAUUACGACGAGCCCGGCGCAUCGUCGGCCGUUUAGUGCGGCAGUGCAUAGUCUGUUUCGCGAGAUCAUGGUGACGUGGACGAUGCUGCAGAAUAAUUAUGAUCCGAAUCAGUGGACGCUGCAGCCGCUGCUCAAGGGGAGUAUGAUGGUGUAUAUGCUUAUUUUUGGGACCAUCUAUAUGCAGCAGAAGUAUAGGAUGAUGAUCAGUCUGGCGUUUUACGUAUAUUUCUUCUUGGCUGGCGAAGUCACAUUCAGCAUGCAAUUCUUCUUCGGCAUGUUCCUCUCCGACCUCUCCAAUCACCAGCCCACCCUCGACUACAUCAACGCGCGCAUCUGGAUCCGCCGCUUCCUUCCCCCCCUCCUAAUGUUCAUCGGCCUCUGGAUCGCCUCCUACCCCGAAGACCACGCCGACUGGGCCAACUGGUCGCAGCAGCUCAAGGACAUGUCGACCUACAUCCUCCUCAUGAAGCAGGACACCGCGCGCUUCUACACCGGGCUGGGGAUGGACUUCAUCUGCGUCGCCAUCUUCCUCUCCCCCACCCUCAAGGACGUCCUGAGCAGCAAAUACCUGUUGUGGCUCGGAAAGAACUCCUUCGCCGUCUACCUCAUCCACGGCACGCUCAUCCGCACCAUCCUAACAUGGUGCAUGUACGGCAUGUCCAUCCCGGCAAAAGUAGAGAAGGAAGUUGACGGCAAGAUGACUCUCGUCAACGGCCCGGGUCUGAAACACGGCGGGUACGUGUACAUGACUGUCUUCAUCCCGCUCUUCUUCGUCCUCCUCUACUUCCUCGCCAAUCUGUGGACCAUGCAUGUUGAUCCGCUGUGCGCGAGGUGGACGGCGGCGUUUGAACGCGCCACGCUGAAUGAGAGUGAGAAGACUACGUCGAGUGGGCCGGCGGGGCACGGGUUGUUGAGUCAGCCGCCUGCUUGAGGGGUGGUUUUCUCUCUCUUUUCUCGUCUUUGGUAUUUUUUUGGGCAGGGUUGUGGGGGG